AUGCAGUCUCGCCACGGAACGCCAUCAGCUCACAAUAGUAAGCCGUCACUUCAAUACUCGUUCGUCGCAUCCUGGCUACAGACACUGAGCACUGACCCGGAGGCUCUAGCAGCUCCACCUACCAACGGGUCCGGCGCGGUAAUUCCGACUAUUAGACCUUGGGAUAGAACUCGGCCGCGUCCCUACCAUGUCAAGAUACCGAUCGAUGCGACACCGGAGGAAGCCGUGCGACUAACCGGAAUGCCCUAUGGCGUGACGAAUGAGUCGAACCCAGUGAAGCGGCCGUACAAAAUCACCAAGAAGAAGCAGCCUGCUGCGAAGACUCGCGCCGGCGCUGCCGAGUCGCCUGCUAAGUUCGUAUCGAAGAUGCCUCCGAACGCCUCGCAUAGAGUUGCGAACCGUUAUGGUAACCCGCUCAGAGUGCCAUUUCAGACCUCGCCAUGUACACCGCAGCAUGAGAUCCUGCGGCAUAGCCCACGUUUCUUCCUCGGCCCGCUAGGUCCAGGACUUGAGAGUCCUCGUAAUCAGCGUCUCCUUCUUCAGCAACCCGUGGCCUUCUCGCAAGUAUCGGGAAUACCUUCCUACAUGGCCGAAUAUUUCCAGGGCAAUCAAGCCUUUCCAAUGAACUACAACCAGCCCAGCCGUGCUAUGAUUUACCAGCGCCGAUUCAGCGCUCCCCCUUCCACUACGCCAAUGAUAGAAGACCCAACCGCAGAUGCGGUGUAUGGUCAAGCCAUGACGACAUACCGCAGUCAAUCUGCUCCUGCCAUGGAGUACCUGUCACACUACAGUAUUCCUCCCAUUGACUAUCAAACAAUGCCGGGUUCGAUCGGAAACCUACUCAACCCCGAAACCUCGUACAAACUCAACAACGUCUUCACACCGGAGGUGAAAUCUUGGCUCGGGAACGGCGGGAUCGUUGUCCGCACAGAUGACUGGUUCAACAUGGAGGCCAUUCAUAAGACGCACACGGAAGUUAAUAUACAAGAUGGUACUGUGAGGAUUGUGUUGACUGGGAAGGCGAGAGCCUUUCAGGGUCGGAUCGAUGGGUUGGAGGGGGAGAAAGAGUGA